AUGGUACGCACUCGCAGAAAGACCUACGAGGAACCAGCUGCGGAUGAGGCAACGGUAGCAGAAACAGAUACCUCUACUGAGAUUCCAACAACAAAUUCGGAAGAGGUCCAAGAGAAUAACAACAUCAGAGAGGAGGAAGAAAUUGAACAAAAUCACCCCGAAGUUGCUGAAGACGACUCUAAGAAGAGAAAGAACCCACCCAAAAAGAAGGGAGGAAGAAAGAAAAAGAAGAAAACAAGUACUGCUGGAAUACCAAAAACACUGGAAAUUAAAUCUACAGAAGACAGAAUAAGAGAAGCCAUCGGAGAUGACGAUGAUGAAAGUGAUCGCUGUAUCAACAAUGGUGAUGGCAUGAUGGUAGAUCAUGACGAUGCAGAAAAUCACUUUGAAGACAAAAUGGAGGAUGACGAAGAGGAUGAUGAUGGCGGUGCAGAGGGAGAUGGAUCUGUGAACAGUUCAAUGAAAUCGAUCAUUGACAAUAGAAGUGGAAAAUCGAAACGUCUCGAUUGGGAACAAGGAUUUUUUUAUUUACCAAAGUUUGAUUGUUAUUUGCCCAGGCCUGUUUUUCACAUGAUUUUGCAGUACAUUCCUCCUUUUCCUUUUUAUUUAACGUUACGAGGAGUAUGUCAACAAUGGCUUGACGAUUUAUAUCACAAUGUCUGUCCAAAUGUCGAGUCCAUUGAUUUAGUUAAGAGAAAUGAAUUCACUGACAGCAUUGGUUACAAAUAUCCUUGGUACAACCCAAACGCGAAAAGAAAAUACGGGGAUUCCAUUCGAUAUAUUUCUUUAGUUUUUCCAAAUAUCACAUCAAUGUGUUUUCCGAUAUUUGAGUCACGUCAAUUAAGAGUACCAACUCGAUUUUUGAAAUACUUCCCACAGCUUGAACGUAUAGAAUUAUUCAAUUACAGACCCUUCUCUCCUUUGUACUUGCAUGUAUCAGGACUUCGCAGCAACGAUUUCUUACUGUCCAUGGAUUUACUGAAUGUGAGAAAUAUAACACUUGGCUAUCAAUAUUAUCGCAGAAGGUCAGAUCGUACUUCUUUUCCCUAUGUCCUGAGUUAUUUGAAUAGUAAUCAGCAACAUCUCAGAAUCAAACAUAGCAUCAAGUAUGGAGAUAAUGGUACGGAAACACUAAAGGAAAUCAAGUAUCUGGUGGAAGAGGAGAAAUUUUCAUUCGAAGCAAUAGAUUUCUUUACUCUAGACUCUUAUCAAUAUACACAAGAAAUGUUGGAAUUCUUUUUGAACAAGUACAAGAAACAGUUGGCAAGUAAUUACAAAGCUCUCUUACCUUAUGAAGAAUAUUUCGAGCGACGAGGAAUUUUGUGCAAUCACAAUUUGCUUGACUUUAUUAUUGAAAACGAGUUAUUUAAAGUGGCAUUCCCUAAUGCCGAUACUGUAGCUUAUGUUAUAACUGACAAGAUUUUGAAAAAUAUUGCCGAUGAAAAGAUGGCUAAAGCCAUAUUUGAACAGGCUAAAUUUCCACUUCUAUUUGAAGGGGAAUGGAAUCCAUUGCUCACAGUUCUCAUCAGCAACCCUUAUACUCCAGGUUUAGUCUCAUAUUUAUGCAAACUUGUUCCAAAUUUGAUCACACUUGGCAACAGUGAAGGAAUAGUUACCAAAGAUGAAAAUGGUUGUUUUGUUCACAAUAUGAAUGUGCUUGCUUCCUAUUUAAAGAAAGUAAGAGAGCCAAGUGGUAACGUAACUUCUCUGGUAGAACGAUUACAUAGAUGUGGUUGUGAAUUGAAUUAUGUUUUUGCAGAGACAGGCAAUAAUUUCUGCCACUUGAUACCUUCGUCCUAUUUAUUUAAAGUAAUACCUAAAGAAUAUUUAAUUAUGAAAAACAAUGAAGGACACACUCCUCUUCAAUCACUGUGCACUUUACAAGGAGAAUUAUCGAUUGAUUUUAUUGAAGAAGUGAGCAAGAUAUUUAACACCAACGGAAUACCUCUCAACGACACCUACAACAAUGAUCAAAAUUUGUUACACAUGUUUGCCGAGAAGAAAAACCAACCUGUUAUUGAAACCCUCAUUAGUUACGGUGUCAAUGCAAACGCUGUUGAUACCUUUGGCAAAACACCGCUAUUUUACAUGCAUUCGAUUGGACAUCAGCUUGUUAGACCAUCCACGCUCCAUAAAUUAAUGCAAGCCAUGGACAAGGCAAUGCUGAAUCAUAAGGAUAAGAAUGGAAAGACUGCUCUUACGUAUUGGCUUGAGGACCUCAAACCGAAUAUUCCAAGUUCUGGAAUGCACUAUUAUUCACCAGUCGACCUUUCAGGGAACCUUGCAAUUAUUUUGUUGAUGGUAGGUGAUGGAUGUAAUGUAUUGGACGCCAUUCAAAGCAUGGAUUCUGAGCUCAUGAAACAAGGAAACCUUUCCCACAAUCUUUCGCUAUUCUUGGUACAAUUAUUGGUUGCAACUACUCGUCACACUGAGAGUUAUAUCUCUCGAUUACUGAAAAUAAUUAGCCAAGACAAAGAUAUUUAUGAACUCUUGAGUGCUCCAUUUCAAUUUCAAGACAAUGAAUUUGAAGAUCAAAAUUUGCUUGGAGUUAAAGCAAACGCCCUCUCCUGUUUAAUAACAUAUUUGAUGGAUGGCUUUGAGAAUUCUCCUAUUGGUGCUCUAUUUUUUGGAACACCUCCAGUACUGGAUAAGAGUGUUUUAGACAAAGUAUUCACUCUUGAAGAUGGAGUGUCCGCUAUUGACUUUUUAUAUUUUGCUUUAUUGUCUGGUAUUCCAGGUAAUCAAUUUAUGCUCUUUUUAGAAGAAAUAUUCAAUGUUCCUCGUCUUCAUUAUACCUGGUAUAGACAACCUCACUAUUCUCAAAUUUGCCCUAAACUAGCCAAAUACUCCUACUACGAUACUGAUCAGGGCCCACUCAAUAUUCUUCAGCUUUGCUGCAAGCAUGAACGCAAAGAUUUGUUGCAGUAUCAAUUGCUUCCAAAUUUUAAAAAUGGCCUUAUCACCAAUGACGAAUUCCAACAAAUGAUAACUGCAAAAACCAAGAAUGGAUACGAUUUAUUAGAUAUUGCAUGCAAGACUUUUAACAUGGAAUUGGCUGGUUUCAUUAGCUCAGAAUGCUCUCUACAAUUUAAACGAGCUCAUUUUGAGGAAGGUCUUCAGAAACAUCAAUAUGAUUUUUGUUACUCGUUCAUAACGAACAAGAGCGAUGCUGUGAAACCAACAUUGGACGAAAUUGUGCAUGUUUUGUGUGGAUAUAUUCAAAAGUGCGAAAUAUUUGAUGAAAAGCAGUUUGAACAAAAUUGCAUUGAUUUGUUUGAGGAUUAUUUCAUAGCUCAUGAAACCACUUUGGAAGAGAAGUGUAACCUGUUUAACAAGAUGUUCACUGUGUGUGGUGAGAAACCCAAAACAGCACCAACAGCGCGCCCUGUGACAACUGUUCAACAACGUAGUAAUUGGUUUCUACAUGUGCAUCGAACACUUGAGACAAACAAAAUGUUAUUUAUCCAACCUCCGACUCCAAUACCGGAAAACAAGACCUCGCUUUUAGAGUUAUGCUUCUUGCAUGGAUUUGUAUUUUUAACAGCAUAUUUUGUGUCCGGAGAAACCUCUGUGAAUAGAAGACCCAAGAAGAUCUUUAUGAAAAGUGAUCUUGAAACAGAAAUAUUGUCUCCUUGGGCCACCCACCAAAACGCGGAUACUGGAAACACUCUCUUGCAUUUACUUUGCACAAACACACAAGUCACAAAGGCUAGAGUGAAGAAGCAGCAUGAAAAUAAGGAAUAUUUGGCCACUGAUUUGAUUCAAUACUUGAAAAAGGUGAAACGAAAUACGAUUUUCGAUCUCACCAACAAGAACGGAGAAACAGCACUGUUCGGUGCACAUCGUACUCAAUUCUUGAUCGAUGUGCUGACUCCUUUAACCAAUACCUCUGUCACAAACAAGGAUGGCAAAAAAGCCUCUGAAAUGACACCUAUUGAAAUUGUAGAUCCAAAAAAGAAGAACUAG